AGGCUGAGGGGAACUUCCGGUUCCGGUGGGGGAGCGGCCCCUCAGCGGCGGCGGAGCGGGGGCUCCCCCUCAUCCCAAACGUCGAAAAAUUCCCAAAAAAUCCCCAAAAAAUUCCCCAAAAAAUGGAUUGAGGCCCCUCCCCCCCCCCUUGGAUGGCCCCCUGGAAUUUGGGGGGAUCCCAAAAUGGGGGAUUCGGAAAAUCCCGGGAAUCCCCCCAAGGAGGAGGAGGAGGAGGAGGAAGAGGAGGAGGAAGAGCUGGACCCCCGGAUCCAGGAGGAGCUGGAGCACCUGAACGAGGCCAACGCUGAAAUCAACCGGGGCGAGCUGGAGCUGGAUGCCGCCCGUUCCCGUUAUCGCCGCAUCCUCUCGGACUCGGCGCGCAAGUUGAACUCUCAGGGCUCCCAGCUGGGCACCUGCAUCGAGAGAGCCCGGCCCUACUACGAGGCACGCAGGAGAGCCAAGGAGGCACAGCAGGAGACGCAGCGGGCGGCGCUGCGCUACGAGCGCGCGGUGGGCAUGCACAACGCGGCGCGCGAGAUGGUCUUCGUGGCCGAGCAGGGCAUGGGCACCGGCAAGAACCGCCUGGACCCCACCUGGCAGGAGAUGCUCAACCACGCCACCAGGAAGGUGAACGAGGCGGAGCAGGAGCGGCUCUGGAGCGAGCGGGAGCACCAGCGCGUGACGCGGCUGUGCCAGGAGGCCGAGGCCGAGGUGCAGCGGCUGCAGAAAUCCCUGCGGCGCGACAUCGCCCGCAGCCGGCCCUACUUCGAGCUCAAGGCCCAGUUCAACCUCAGGCUCGAGGAGCACAAAUCCCGGGUGACCUCGCUGGAGGCGGCCGUGGCCCAGGCCAAGCUGCGCUACUCGGUGGCCCUGAGGAACCUGGAGCAGAUCAGCGAGGAAAUCCACGCGCGGCGAUUCCAGAGAAUCCUCCGGAAAAAAACCGUCCGGGAAAACCCCCUGGGGGCCGAGGGCGGAGCCGGGAACCCCGAAAUCCCCGGGAUCCCCAGAGAAAACCACGGAAUUCCCGGAGAAACCCACGGGAUUCGCAGUGGAAAUCCCAAAAUUCCUGCAGAAGUUCCCGGAGAAAUUCCCGGAAUUCCAAGAGAAAACCACAGGAUUCCUGGAGAAGUUUCUGGAAUUCCCGGAGAAAACCGCGGAAUUCCAAGAGAAACUCCUGAAGUUCCCAGAAUUCCUGGAGAAAUCCACGGAAUUCCUGGAGAAAUUCCCAGAGGAAUUCCCGGAAUUCCAAGAGAAAACCACAGGAUUCCUGGAGAAAUUUCUGGAAUUCCUGGAGAAAACCAUGAAAUCCCCGGAAUUCCUGGAGAAAUUCCCGGAGAAAUUUCCGGAAUUCCAAGAGAAAACCCUGAAAUUCCCGGAUUUCCUGGAGAAAAUCUUGGAAUUCCCAGAGGAAAUCUUGGAAUUCCCAACGAAAUCUCAGCUGGAACGGGCAGAAUUCCGAGAGAAAACCCCGGAAUUCCAAGAGAAAAUCCCAGAAAUUCCAUUGAACAUCCUGGGAAUUCCAUUGAAAAUCCCGGGAAUUCCAGUGAAAAUCCCGGAAAUUUCAGCUCAGUCCCAUCGGGAACGUUCCGAAUUCCCGGGAUUUGGUCGGAAACUCCCGGAAUCCCAAGAGAAAACCUUGGAAUUCCCAUCAGAAAUUCGGGUGAAAUUCCGGAAAAUUCGGGUGAAAUUCCAGAAAAUUCCAUCGAAAAUCCCGGAGAUCUCAGCUCGAUCCCGUCGGGAACGUUCCGAAUUCCCGGGAUCGCGCAGGAAAUUCCGGGGAUCCCCCGGGAAUUGUCGACCUCCGGGGAUUCGCUGUCGCUGCUGAGCCUGCAGACCAUCGCCUCGGACCUGCAGAAGUUCGACUCCGUGGAACAUUUGUCGGGAAUCCCGGGAAUUUCGGGAAUUCCGGACGCGCUGAGCCUGCACAGCGAGGAGCUGGCCGAGGGCACGGAGAGGCGGAGAAGCUUCCGGCACCAUCGGAGCGUCAGCCUGUGAGGAGGGGAAAUCCCGGGAAAAGUUGGGAAUUGCGAGGGCGGAAAAAUCCCCCAAAAAAUUCCGGGGGAUGGGGAGGGGGGAGUUCCGGGAAAACCAAAAAAAAAAUUUGGGCAGAUUCCAAAAAAUCCCAUGGAAAUCCCACAGGAUUCUGAAAAGUUCCUUAAAAUUCCAGGAAAUGCCAAGGAAAUGCUGAGAAUUUUGAGAAAACCCCAAAAAUUCCAAGGAAAUCCCAAAAAAAUCCCAAGAAGUCCACAGAAAAUCCAAGGAAAUCUUAAAAUAUUCCAAGGAAAUUGCAAGAAAUAUUAAGGAAAUCCCCCAAAAUUCCAAGGGAAUCCCAAAAACCCAAGAAAUCCCAAGAAUCCCCAAAAAUUCCAAGGAGAUCCCAGAAGUCACAAGAAAUUCCAAGGAAAUCCCAAAAAAUUCCAGGAAAUCCCAAGAAUUUCCAAGGGAAUCCCAAGAAAAUCCCCAAAUUUCCGAGGAAAUCCUGAAAAUUUUGAGAAAUCCCAAGGAAAUCCCAAAAAAUCACAUGGGAAUUCCACAAAAUUCCAAGGAAAUUCCAAAGAAUUCCAGAGAAAUCCCUUAAAAUUCCAAGGAAUUCCAAGGGAAUCCCAAAAAUCC